UUUCCUACCAAAUGUUCUACAUGACUACACCUCCUUAUAUACCCACUUUGGUGAGUGAUGCGUAGAAGUUUGCAUAUAUGCGCGUUGUUUUGUGCAGUGCGAUGUGAAAAUGAGUGUUGUGCUUGUCUGUCCGUAUCAUAAAUGUGUGGUGUUAGUUUUUCUCCUGCACUACGUGGUUGCUUCGGCAAGCACAUUGAAUUUGUAGUGAGGAAUGGACGCACCUUUACAUCAUUUCCCCAAGGUGUUCAUACCCCUCGCCUGUAAAAAGUGCUGAGAUUGCUGGUCGGGGAAGGAACCCGGAUAAUCGGCGCUCCACUGUAUUACUAUUGUUGUUGUUGGUACUUUGGGCGUCAUUGUUAUUGUUUUUCUAACUGUCACUACAGAAAGCGCGAAUAAAACAACACAGCAGCCAAAAGCAACAACAUCGCUUAAAACAGUUCGUAUUUCGCAGUGAUAUUUCUAGUGAUUUGAUUACAUCUGUGAUUCUGUUUGUGGAAUAUAUCAUGGAGCAACCAUUCUCGAAACGAAUUAGAUACAAUUCUUAUUUGUAUCGCAAUCGUGAUCGGCUUCUAAAAACAGAGCAGGAUGCUGAGCUCGUACCUAGUGUCAGUGCUAACGCUGCUCCACAAUUGCCCAUCGUUCAGGAUGGUUUCACGUAUGAUACUGGGCUAACUGACAAUCUUUUCACACAAACUGCUAGUGAAAUUGAAAAUUCCCGAAUGAUGGAAUACGGUGAUGGAGUAGACGACAUUGACGAUAAUGAUGAUGACAUUGACCAUGUUGUCGAUUAUCUGAUCGAAAGUUCGGAUGAAGAACUAGAAGCUGAGGGUGAAACAGAAUAUUCGGUCCAAGAUGCUUUACAUCGCUGGGCCAUAACCAAAAACCAGACGUACGAGUCGAUCGAGGAAGUAAUGGGGAUAAUACGAAAAGUAAGUGACUGCAAGCUACCUAAAGACGCGAGAACCCUGCUCAACCGCAACUCUUCUGCGGAGAUACUAACUGUAGAAGGAGGCCAGUAUUGGUAUAACGGAAUUCAGAAAUGCUUUUCAAACGAGUUAAGUAAUGUAAACAUUCCAACGGAUGCAACGCUUUUGAUCAAUGUAUCAAUCGACGGACUUCCGAUUUUCAAACGCAGUAGACAACAAUUUUGGCCCAUAUUAAUCAACAUUCAUGGAAAGUCAGAAUUGCCAGUUAUGAUAGUGGCAAUAUAUUACGGAAUGAAAAAACCAGCUAGUAUUGAACACUUUCUUCGACCUUUUGUGGAUGAGUUAAAUUUUCUCAUGAAGAACGGAGUGUUCAUCAAAAAUAAAAAAAUAACGAUACAAUUACGUGCCAUUAUAGCUGAUUCUUCAGCUCGUGCAUAUAUAAAAGGUGUUGCUAACUACAACUCUAAACACGGUUGUUUGAAGUGCAUUACAGUAGGGGAAAGCAUGCACAAAACAAUAACAUUCCCGGAAUGUAUUGCUCCAGACCGCACAGAUGAGGGAUUUAGGAUGCGUAUGUAUGGUGACCAUCACAAAUUUGAUUCUCCUCUGUUGUAUUUAGAUUGCUUUGAUAUGAUAAGACACGUAAUAGUGGCAGAUUCAUUGCAUUUGAUCGACUUAGGUGUUACGAAACGAAUGCUGAUUAGCUGGAUAUUAGGGAAAUACGGUGUGAAGAAGAAGCUUUCUACUGUACAACUCAACAGCAUGACAGCAAUGUUAGUGAACAUGAAAUUACCAGCUGAGAUACACAGAAAGUUCCGUUCAUUUCAUGACAUAAUGCAUUGGAAAGGAUCCGAGUUUGCCUCUUUCUUAUUUUACGGUUCUUUUGUUGUGCUUAAAGAAGUAUUAAGUGAACAACAGUAUAAUCACUUCAUGUUGUAUUUCUGUAGCAUUACACUUUUGACGUCAGAGGUAUAUAAAGAGCAUUGGUCAUUAGCGGAUUCGUUCCUUCAGCUUUUUGUCAAACAAUACAAAUUUAUUUACGGUUCAGAAUUUAUUUCAAGCAAUGUUCAUAACCUGUUACACAUUUACCAAGAAGCCGAUCAAUUUGGUCCACUUGAUACUAUAUCUUCAUACCCUUUUGCGAAUGAACUGGUGCAUAUAAAACGUUUACUGCGUAGUAAAUCGAACUGUUUGGAACAAGCAAUAAACCGAAUAUCAGAACGGGAGACUUGCCAUAGUACGGAUCAAAAUAAUGACCAUGUUAAACAUCCCUUCAUCUGUCAGAGAGGAAGUAUAACUACGUUACAUGUCCGCGCAGGAUUUUGCUUGAAAAAUGAGCAACGUAACGCUUGGUUUUUAACCAAAGCGGGCAGUGUGUGUCAAUAUAUCAAUGCAGUUUUAAGGGAAAUCUCCGUAGAAAUAACCGCAAAAAAAUGGCAAGCACGGUAGAUGAUUUCACCUAUCCUUUUAACUCUACAUUCUUAAACAUACAUCGUGGUAGCAUUCAUGACUUAGAGGAAAGGAAUAUAACCUUAGGACCACAGGAUAUAAAAUGUAAACUAGUACUAGUACCCCUUUCUCAGGAAAAUGAAAAUGAAUAUAUCUUCAUUCCUUUAAUUCAUACAUUAGUGAAAUGAAACAGAACGGUCACGUUUUAAAUGGUUAUUUAGUAUGUUCAUUGUGCGAAUAUAUUAUCACAGCAAUAAUUUGUGCUUUGUACUUUACCGACGUAAAUAAAUGUAAAGAAACGGUUUGUGUACAUUAA